AUGGGCAUAGAAGUGGGCUUAGGAGGCUGGGUGGUCACUUUCAUGCUUCGUGUGCGACAUGCCUCACCCUACAAUGCCGGUAUCUCAGGUACGGGAUUUUGGGCUGGCAUGGCUGCAGGGCGUGCAUCGCUUGGAUUCGUUACGGAGCGAUAUGGUGAACGCUUGUGUGUUUCAAUCUAUCUCGCCAUAUGCAUUGCACUACAAUUGAUCUUCUGGUUAGUCCCACAGUUUGUAGUGAGUGCAGUUGCAGUGGCAUUUCUCGGAUUCUUUUUGGGACCUAUGUUUCCUGGAGGCGUCAUGAUGACUGCCAAAUUAUUACCAAAGCACAUCCACGUGAGUGCACUUGGCUUUGCAAUGGCUUUAGGUGGUACUGGAGGUACGAUCUUCCCAUUCGCAAUUGGUGCAAUAGCUGCCAAAAAAGGUGUGAGCGUUCUACAGCCCAUUAUCUUAGCGUUAAUUGCCGUGGUGGCGAUGAUCUGGUUGAGCUUUCCACGCAUAAGAAAGCGAGAAUAA